GAAGUUAUUGGAAAGUCAGUUAAUGGGACUACUUAUGCUGGUUUGAGAGCACGAACAACAGGGGCUCCGCAGAAUCACUGGUUUGGGCCAGCUGGAGAUCCAAGAGGAGCCGGAAUAGGGACUCCUGAAGCAAUAAAGCUUGUCUGGUCUUGCCACAGAGAGAUUAUAUACGACUUCGGUCCCCUGCCACCACAAUGGGAAGUUCCAGCUUCUACUUGA